AUGACUGUCAUUAUCUACGGAACAGUCGCCAUCGACGGCCAGUGGCUGCAGCGCGGCUUCACCAACCUGCGACAACACGCGGCAAACACACUCUGUAGAACAAAGCCGCUGAUGGAAAGGAUGGCCAUGCACCGCACGAGCUUGAUGGGUGUAACGUCUCAUAUGAAUCCGCCCAACGAUAUGAAAAGGCUUCCGGAGGCCGGGAGCCUCAUAGGGACUCUUCACAACUACCGCCGGCGGCGUUGUACAGACGACCGCGACAGGGCGUAG